CCCUCUCUCCUCAGAACCACCGCACCCCUCCUUCCUUCCUGAAAAUGAAAUUGGGAGGCCCCUGACAAAGCCAUGCUGGCCUCUGGAGGUCGUGUCCCAAUGGCUUUGGCUCUCCACCGAGGCCACUUCCCGUAAUACAGUGGUCACUGAGGAAUGGCCACUGUCCAGAGGCACCUGGGCCCGGCUCAAUUCACCUUUGACCUCAGGACUCCCUGCUUAGAAGUCCUGCAGGUCAGGACGGAGCUCCUCAGAGUCGCCCUGGGGCCCUCUGGCUCCAACUCCUCCCUUAUGUUCCAGUUUCGUUUCUCCAGCUUGCACACCCUGUCCUACCAACUGAACCACUAGAGUCUCACGCCCCACACUGUACUGCGGGGCCUGUCAGGCCGGUCCCUCUCCUGUCAAAAUGCCGUUUGGCUUUGCCUGAACAUAGUGGAAAGGUUUCAUCCCCAGUUACUUUUCAAGCUGGCGUCAUUCUGAUUUCAAAAUGACAAAGAGCCCUAAAGCAGUAUUCCUCAAUUUUGUUCUUCAUUAUUGCUGCCCCCAACCCCAGGGAACCUUUUUAGACAUAUUUUUCCUAAUUAUUACUGCAGUGACAUUUUAAUCCCUGGGUAUGAUGUCUUUGUUUAUGUAUUAAUAUAUGUAUCUGUGUAUUAUACAUAGAAAAAGAGUAUGAUUUUUAGCACAUAAAACCUAACAGUAUGUUGACUAAACUGGAUUUAUUCUGGCAAUAUAAGAAUGGUUUAAUAUUUAUAAAAUCCAGUCUUAGAGUUUACCCAUUGACUAUGUCAGAGGAAGAAAAAUAAGAGAGCCGCUUGUGGAUGCUGAAAAACACUUGAUAAAAUGUCAUGUUCCUUCUAGAUAAGGCCCUUGGUAAAAUAGUAAUAAGUGAAUUCUACCUUAAGUGAUUAAAUGUGUCUCAGCCCAAAAGCUGGCAUUCCUGUCAGUGAGAACAUACUGGAAGCCGUCCCACUAAGGAACAAGAUGAGGAUGUUGUCACCACUAGUAGUUAACAUUGUUCACCCUGUCCAUCCUGAAGCGGGCUCCCCGGAAGCGGCCAGGCCGUGUCGCCUUUGAUGGUAUCACCGUCUUCUACUUUCCACGGUGCCAGGGCUUCACCAGUGUACCCAGCCGUGGUGGCUGCACUCUGGGUAUGGGCCCCCGCCACAGUGCCUGCCGCCGCUUUUCCUUGGCUGAGUUCACCCAGGAGCAAGCCCGGGCACGGCGUGAGAAGCUGUGCCUACGCUUGAAGGAGGAGAAGCUGGAGGCGCUCCGGUGGAAGCUUGCAGAGAGCGGGGUGCCUGAGACGGAGGCCAGCCUGCCACUCACAGUGGACGCCAUUGAUGAUGCCUCUGUGGAAGAGGACUUGGCCGUGGCCGUGGCAGGUGGCCGGUUGGAGGAGAUGACCUUCCUACAGCCCUACCCAGCCCGGCGACGGCGGGCUCUGCUGCGGGCUGCUGGGGUGCGGAGGAUCGAUCGCGAGGAGAAGCGGGAGCUGCAGGCUCUGCGCCAGUCCCGAGAGGACUGUGGCUGUCGUUGUGAUCAGGUCUGUGACCCCGAGACCUGCAGCUGCAGUCUGGCGGGCAUCAAGUGCCAGAUGGACCACACUGCGUUCCCCUGCGGCUGCUGCAGGGAGGGCUGCGAGAACCCCAAGGGCCGUGUAGAAUUUAAUCAGGCCCGCGUGCAGACCCAUUUCCUCCACACCCUCACCCGCCUGCAGCUGGAGCAGGGGGCCGAGAGCCUGGGGGAGCUGGAGGCGCACAGCCAGGACGGCCCAGCCAGCCCUGGUGAGCAGGUCCUGGCCCCCGCUUUCCCACUAGCCAAGCCCCCCGUGAGCAGCGAGCUGGGAGACAACAGCUGUAGCAGCGACAUGACCGACUCCUCCACAGCUUCGGGCACCAGCGAGGCCCCGAGCGGCACCGCCCACCCAGCCCUGCCUGGCCCUGGCUUCCAGGCUGACAUGGAUGAUGACAGCCUGGCCCGGGUCCUGAGUCUCAGUGACUCUGACCUGGGAGGGGAGGAGGAGGAGGAAGAGGAAGGGGGAGUGGGGAGCCUGGACAACCUCAGCUGCUUCCACCCAGCUGAUAUCUUUGGUACUGGUGAGCCCGGUGGCCUGGCCAGCUGGACCCACAGCUAUACCAGCUCUAGCCUCACGUCAGGCAUCCUGGAUGAAAACGCCAACCUGGAUGCCAGCUUCUUCCUGAACAGUAGCCUUGAAGGGUUGGGAGAAGGCAGCUUCCCUGGUGCCUCAGUGCUGCCCAGCUCAGAUGCCGGCCAGAGCAACUCUGUGGACCUUAGCUUGUCUUCCUGUGACUCCUUCGAGCUGCUCCAGGCCCUGCCAGACUAUAGUCUGGGGCCUCACUACACCUCCCGGAAGGUGUCUGACAGCCUGGACAACCCGGAGGCCCCCUUCUUCCCCCUGCCAACCUUCUCUCCAGCAGGGGACACCGGCGCUUGCCUCCUGGAGUCCCUUGUGGGCCUGGUGGACUCCGCCACUGAGGCCCCGGCACCCUUCAUGGACAGCCAGUUGUUUGAGGACCCGGCCCCAGCGCCUCUGGUGGAGCCGGUGCCUGUGUGAGGACUGGGGGACCUUUUCGUGGUCCUAAGAGCCCUGUUGCUGCUUUGUUGUAAUUUGGGGGCUCCCUGAGGUCUGUAUGUUAAGAGUUUUGGCUCAUCCAUGCAGGCACUCCUGAGUUUGUGCAACACUCUGGAUUGACUUAUUUAUUUUUGUAACUACUUCCGUGCUGAAGAGAGGGCAGGGAGGGGGCUUUCCCUGUCAGCACCCCCCCCCCCCCAGAGCCCCCCCAGUCUCUUCUUCCACUUUCCAUGGUGUAUGCCAGGAACAGGAGGAAAUAUGGCUCCCCUGGAGCUUUGCAGACCCCUUUCUGGUCUCGUGUGAUGUUCCUUAGCCUGAACAAGACAGGGCUGAAAUCUGCCACUUCUAAUGGCUUCUCCUGCCACCCUGAGCCCCAGACCCAUGGGUGGCUAUAUUUUCUGGACUGUGAAGACUAUAAUUUAUUUCCAUAAUUUAUUUGGAGACUAGAAGGUAUAGGCUUCUCCCCUCUGGCCAGUGGGCAGUGCUGGAGUUGGGGUAGGGCACAGAUCCCUGCAAGUCCCUCUGCCUUGUCGUGCAUCCCCUACCCUGCCUGGGCUUUGGUACAGACCAGGUGUGGAUUGGGUGCCUAUAGUCUACUGCAGCAGCAGCCUGGCUAUGAGAGGCAAGUGACUGGGGACAGCGUCUAGGUAGGGGGCUGGGCUGGGCUGGGCUGGGCUGGGCUGGGCUGGACUGGCCAGGCCAAGCCAAGCCAAGCCAACCGUGACCAAAACCUGCUUCUGCCCCGACACAGCCCCCUCUGCUUCCUGUACUCUGCCUCGUGGUAUUCCUCCCCAAAGGCCACAGGCUUUAUUCUGGGCCCACUAAUGUAGAAGGGAAGCAGGAAGCCCAGAGAGGGCAAGGGACUAGCCUCUGUGCCCAUAGCACGCUCCUGACGACUAUCUCAGGGCUUGCUGGGCACUGCAUGUCAGCCCCAGCCACCUGCCCAUGCCCUAAAGCCAGUUGGCUCCGGUGAGGAGAGGCCCUUUUGGCUUUUAUGCCCUUUGUUUGCCGAUGUUGAGUUUUGCAUCCUAAUUUCUGUAUCGUCCUUGAGCAUCAGAACUAUAAUUUAUUCAUUUUUCUCUAUGUCUGUGCCAAGAAGCCCAGGCUCUGGGCCUGCCGCCUUGCCCAGGAGGCCUUGCCAGCCUGUCUGCUUGUGGGAACACCUUGUACCUGAGCUUACAGGUACCAAUAAAGAGGCUCUAUUUUUAAA